GAACUGCUUCCGGUUUUACUCGGAAACAGUUAACUUGCCAUUAGCUUUUAGCAUAGUUAUUCAUGCCACGAUUAAUGUAAACGGCGAUAUUUAAACAUGUCGGCGCAAGCAAUCACCGUGUUCGUCGCUUACGGUUCUACGAAGCACAAUAUCAAGGUGACCACUCAGGAGGAUGGCAAGAGUCCCACUGUCAAAGACCUGUCAGAUUGUCUCACACAGCUCACCGGAGUCCCUCAGGCCUCUCAGAAGAUCAUCUUCAAGGGGAAGUCGCUGAAGGACAUGGAACAGACACUGUCCAGCUACGGGAUAAGUGACGGAUGCAAGCUCAUGAUGAUUGGAAAGAGGAACAGUCCUGAGGAGGAAGCUGAGCUGAAGAAGCUGAAAGACAUCGAAAAAUCAGUGGAGCAGAUGGCAAAAAAGCUGGAGAAGGUUGACGGGGAGUUGACUGGACUGAAGAACGGCUUCCUGGCCAAAGAUCUUCAGGCUGACGCUCUGGGCAAACUUGACCAUCGAGUGAAAGUCGCAGCCGAACAGUUUAUGAAGAUCCUGGAGCAGAUCGAUGCUCUGAGCGUCCCGGAGAACUUCAAUGACUGCCGGCACAAGAAAAAGGGCCUUGUGAAGACGGUGCAGAUGUCCUCGCGUCAGGACUUCUUGGCCCAGUGUGACAAGAUGGAGGCUUGCAUAUCAGACCACCUGACAAAGAUCCAGUCUAAAAAUCUGGCCCUGGCAGAUUGAAGACAUCCUGUACUCAUACCGUUGUUAUUGCUCUGUGAGCAACUACUGUGCUGUGUACAGAAAGCACCUGCGUUAUCUCUAUUUAUUACUAUUGUGGUGUUUUUUGAUUAAAACACAUUUAAAAGCUCUGAAUUGAUAGUUAACGCUUGUAUGAGUUGGAAUCUUGCCUAAAAGAAUGUCACAGAAAGACAACAAAAGGAAUUGAGUCUUUUUAAUUUUAUUUUGCAUUUCAUUUUGAAGACUUCAAAUGCAAUCACAAUUCUGCAAUUUAUAUUCGAUCCAUUUGCCCGUUUUUUUUUUUUUUUUUUAAUGGAAGACAUUUUGAAUAUUUCCUAUCAGGAUCGUCUGAACAAUUCAUGGAAUCGGUUCAUAGUUUUACUUCAUUUCAGUUCAAAUUGUCCCUAUUUUAUUCUUGUAUUGAGUUAUGUCACUUAAAACAUUACCUAUACAGGUAAUAAAGCAUUGCUUUUUUUUUUUGCAGCAUUUAACUUUUUUUUCUGUUUUUAACUGAAAUGACUUAAAAACAUUUCACUGUCGAUUGGUUUGAAAGGGGCAACAGUUUGCAGCUGAAACAAAAUGAGUCCAUCCUUUUACUUUUAGAUUAGUAAUUAACUUGUUGAAGUGAGUAGAGUUUUUUUAACAAGAUAAAAUUUACGUGUUGAAGCAGUUUGGGGAAGAAAAUGCAAAUGCAACUGAAAUCUGACGUUUGACGUUAUGAGGGUGACUGUCUAAACCUGAAACAAACAAUGAAGUUUUUUUUUAAACACUUGUAUGACAAUUAAAAUGUUAUCGAACAUGACAUGUCUUAGUCAAGAAAGGAUGGUGGCAGUUUAAGACUAAAAAAAAAAAA